UUCAAGCAAAAAAAGAGAAGGGGAAAAGAAAGGAGUGGGGCAGGUCCUGUAGUAGGGGAGGGAUGUAGGGUGGGUAAAGUUAGUGAAAAGAGAAGUUGAGAGAAGAAGGGGGCAGGAGCCAGAAGGGAGAAGGCUCAAGUCUCUCCAACUGGUCUGGAUCUUAUCUCAUUUUUCCUUAUCCCUUUCAUGUCAGCUGAAAUCUAGCAUCAUGGAGCUCUGCCUGACUACCCUGCCAAUCUAUCAAUCCUACACAUAGGUGUGGGGGUAGGGCAGAAAACGUCCCAAAUAAGGGAACAGAAACAUAGGGAAGGACAGAGAUUUAGGACUCCCCAGACUCCCAGUCACCUAACAAAUGGAUCUCAGACAAAGAUCCCAGAGGGACCCCUUGGAUAGAAUGUAGAGACCCCACCCUGCCCAGACCAAUCCAGAUCCUACAAAGCAAAGGCUAGGAUUCCUUCUUAGAUACCCCUGAGCAGAAUCAGUGGGAAUAUUUUUUAAUUUUAUUUUUUAUUGGGGUGGGGGAAUUGCCUUUUUCAGGUCCUACGUAGACCAAGAACUAUGUCAAUCUGUGGUCAUGAUCGUGCCAACCAUUCCUCUUUCCCUCCUCCUACUGAUGAUGAUGGACAUGGGGAGUCCUAUGCCCAGUGCCCGGGCACUUCCCCGGGGUUGCUAUGUAGCAGAGGAAGCUGGUGAACGUACAUUCCGGUGCAGCCAGGCUGGUCUAGUUGCUGUGCCUCUAGGCAUCCCAAAUGAUACCCGCAAACUCUACCUAGAUGCCAAUCGGCUGGCAUCUGUGCCUGCUGGUGCCUUCCAGCAUCUUCCUGCCCUGGCUGAGCUAGACCUGUCCCACAAUGUCCUUGUCCGUCUCUCAGAUGCUGCCUUCCAGGGUCUGGGAAAUACCCUGAGAUACCUGGAUCUCUCUGCCAAUCAACUGACAUCUGUGCCUGCUGAGGCCUUUAGAGAAUUACAGACCCAAGUGAAUCUGUCUGCCAAUCCAUGGCGCUGUGACUGUGCCCUUCAGGAGGUGCUGAGAUGGGUGAGGCUGGCGCCAGAAACUGGGGCGGGCAUUGUCUGUGGGCCAAGUGCCCGGCCAGAGCUGGUGGGACGGGAGUUUCUGUCACUGAUAGAAGAAGCAGAAAUGUGUGGGACUGGGAGAGGUGGGGCCCGGCGAGGCACAGAUGCAGCCCUGCUUGUCACCAUGGGAGGCUGGCUGGCACUAGUGGUGGCUUAUCUUGUUCACUACGUGCGAAGGAAUCAGGAAGAGGCCUGCCGUCCACCAAAGCUGCCUCCCACUGUGCCGGCCCGCUCGGAGGAUUCAUCCAUUCUCAGCACUGUUAUCUGAUGCUUCGAUCAUUCCCUUCCCUUUCACUCCUCCCUCCCACCUUCUGCUUCUCCAUCCUUCCUACAUUAGACCCCUUGUGUCCCUAAUGUUGCUGUUCCAUCUACUUCUGUCUACUUCUGUCUUUCCCCUCCUGGCUGACUCUACCUCCCUUAAGUAUUUACCCUCUUCCCUCCCUACUUCCUUUCUCCUCUCACAGUCUCUCCUUUCCUUAGUCUCUCCUACUCCAGUCUCCCAUCCUCAGGUUUUCCCUUUCCCCAGCCAACUCUAGUUCCAGCCCUAUCCCCCAUGCAGAACCCACCUUCCUGUCUUAGUUCUUAAUCACAGGGCUGCCCUUGUGAAACAAGAGAGCUCAUCAUGCAUUAGACUGGGAGAGGGAAAUGGAGGUAGGGAAAGAUAUGGGUAUGUGAUCUGAUAAGCCUCCCUUCCCCCUACCCCUGGUGUAUUAGAAAACAUUCAAUAAAGGUACAAUUUGUGGCUUCUCAAAUACCUUUCCCAUAGUUCCCUUUUGUGGUAGACAGAGCAAGGAGGAUUGGCUUACAGUUCCCCUGGUAACUUACCUCCACCCCUAGGGCCUCCAUUCUGUACUUGGUCUCAUCUCCUCCUCUCCUCCCACCUUCUACCUCCUGAUACCAGAGUCUAUUUGAGCAGGGAAACAAGAAACUUGAACUAAGUUGUGAAUUAAUGAUGAUAUACUGGGGAGUCUUGGGGGAUGGGAAAUGAGAAGGUAUGCCCAGAUACUGAGCAAUAAAAUGAGAUUGGCAAUUUAACUAUGUUUCCUCUGUCUACCCCCUCAUAUCAUCUCAGCAACCUGGAUCUAUCCAGUCUCUCCAGUCUUGGAGAC